AUGGCUGGAUGCCUUAACGGAGGUUCUUGUUUGUUCGACGAAGGGAAAGAUGCGUUUGCUUGUUCAUGCAGUCCGCAAUGGAGAGGAGUAAAAUGCGAAAUGGGUAGGUCGAAACUACUGCUCUUGUUCCUUAAAUACGAUAGACAGUCUAGGAGAACAGUGAAAGACGGACCAGGCUGAAAAAGAAAUCACACAACUUUCUAUACUUUAUACGUGGCAAUUUUUUUUUAGAAGCCAGGAAAGAGCCGAAUCUGCUCACUGGUUUUCUCUGGCAAUGCAGUUGAUAUAUAGUUCUCAGGGAUUAAUUUACAUCCCGUGUAAUAUAAGAAAAGUAUGUAAUGGUAUGAGACUUUGGCGUUUACCGUUAGCCUCGCGGAAUGUGGAAAAGACUUUGCAUUGGAUCCGGCCAAAUUUUAUGUGACGCUCAAAUUAAGGUAAGUGAUACCUAACACUUGGAUCAACCCAACAACUACUGAACACAUCACGGACCUUUUUAUACAGAGAAUUUGCAUCUAGCAAUUCGAUAUUAUUAUGUUUGCUUAACGCUUUUCGGCGAAACACUGGUCAAUCGUCCGACAAGGAAACAGCUAGAUUCUAAAUAGAGGGGUAAAUUGUUUUAAAAUAGUUCGUCGUAAGGUAACAAAGUGGCAAUGCGCAAACUUGGCACAAUUGAUAGCCAUGUAUAGGACAUUGAAAAACAUGCAUGUUUUGCUCGGCCGUUAUUCUUGAAAACCAUCAAAAAAUUUUAUCAUUUAGCAAAAACUAUAUGAAACCUACUGAAACCUCGAUCCUGUUUGCUUCUCGAGGACUAUAUAUAAUCUCUGGGCUCCAAAUGCAGAGCUUCACGUCAUUUACUGUAUACAAAUAAGCUAACUUCUGCUAUCUUCUAUCUCCCUUUAAAAUAUUUUCUUUGAGUGCCCAUAACAUUACCACAUAUUAUUGUGUUACCUACGAGUUUAAUGAUCAUAAGAAAUAGGCCCUCUAAGGAGGGUUACGUAUGUCCAGAGUCUGAAUUUCAAAAACUGUCGUUUCUCGUAUUGAGGAGGAGGCCAUGUCGCUGUCAGGAUUUCACUAUUGUAUUUGUGCUUUUAUUCUCUGUCGCUGUCGCAGUUUCAGUUUCGUUUGUGGCCAUUUCUGCUGCCCUAUGUCGCUGUUUCAAGGCCAUUUUGCUCCAGUGUCGAAAUUUACACUAACAGGACCGCAAGAAAGUGGUCAAAACAAGUGUAAUCAAAGGAGACCCACCUAAGGGUGGAGCUACAGAAAACACAACUGUUGUAUGCGUGGGCCUAAUGGGUUUUAAGUCUGAAAAUGAAAAAGGAAGUGUGAAAAUAAGACGAUGCCCUUAAUGUUUUGUAUGCACCUAAGCCUAAUAAGCCAGGAUUAUCAGAAAAACUGCGUAUAGACAUUUACGUUCAUCCAGGCAUUAAUAAAGUAGGUAUAAAGAGGAAACACAUUUACAAACAUUAACAAGCCAUCAGUUUUUCCAUGAAGUGGUGUGUCGUCUAGCUUAGCCACUUCCCUUAUUGUGGCACGCAAUUAAAGCAAACCGUAAUCAUCAAGAUGAUUUUCUACGAAAGAUUUCAAGAGAAUGAAAGAAUCAUUUUGUUAAAUCAAAUUCAUUUAGAUAAAUCAAUAUAUUCUACUUACUGUUUUGCAGACACAAACGAGUGUAAGCCAGGAAAGCAUCGCUGCGACUCGAAUGCUUUCUGUAACAACACUAAAGGCUCUUACAAUUGUACAUGCAAACCAGGAUAUUUUGGAAAUGGCUUUAACUGCACAGGAUAUUGUAACAAAAGCCCUGAUAACAAAAACCUUAACCUGACAUGAAAAUAGUUCUAUUCAGCAUUUCUUUUUUCGAAUAGACGCUUUUAAGCACGUCCUUUCGAUUCCGAAUUCGAUGUAACACUUAAAAUCAUGGAUUAUAUUUCUCAACUUUUUUAACUUCAAAAUUGAUUUGGCAAAGAGAGUAACUACUUUAUUUUACUAUUCAUGAGAAUAUAAUGACAAUGUUAAUGUCACUAUUGAAAAAUACAAAUUGGAAUGAAAGUUGUGAAUCAGUAUUAUUCACUAUAGGUUUGAUUUUCGGCAAUAGUGCAACAACUUCAAACCGCCUUGGAUGCUUCUUAGCAAACAGAUCAACUACUUCUUCCAGAUCAAUGUCUGUUAGCUGUUAGAUAGUCGGGAUGUGCAUGUUGUGGUUCAGUUUUAUUUCUGGUUUAAUUCUUAUUUCCCUAACUCUUAAGUUUUGGGGGCAUGUUAAUGUAUGAUAAUGAGACAAAAGAAAAUAAAAAUUAAACCAAUUAAGGAUAAAAUUGAACCACAACACAUAUACUUUAAAACAGCCAGAGAAGAGAACCUGUACUUUAAUGCCACGAACAUUGCUUAGUUUUGGCCACAGAAAAACAGCAGAUAUUUUAAAUUAUCCUGAAAUACAAAGGACUAUAAAUCCCCUUUCUUAUAUUUUACGAAGGCUAAAACACGUUUUGUGGAAAGCGUGAGUCAGGCUUGUCAGAUUUUUCAGAGUAUUUUGGAGUAAUAAUUUAAUAGCGCGAACCAGCAAAGUCGGUGAUAAAAUGGGGCCGAUUCUCCAGGUCCAUACCUAACGUUUAAAAAUAUUUGCAUAUUCGACAAACAAGCAUUAGCUCGAUGCGCAGUUUUUGUUGCGGCUUUCCUGGAUGUUUAUUGGCCAGUUGUGGAAACUAAAAUUGUAGGUUGGCUCUAGCCUGAGUAUCAGGCCCUUGUCCUUAGCGUGUAGGGGAGAGGAGAUUUUUACACGAAUGAAUAGGAAUGAUAGCGGAGGUCCACGCGCGCGAAGCCCCGCAGCUAAGUAAAUCCACCCAUCCCAGAAAAUUCGGGUAAUCACGUGACCAUACACCGCCCGUCCGUCCGCACCACAGGGAAACCAAUUGUCAAUCUCAUACUUUCUAGCUAGUUUGGGAGCACUUAUUGCACAUCAAUGUUGUGAUCAAUUGAAAGCUGUCAAAACAGAGUAUCCGCUGACCAGUAUCACAUCACCUGACCGUAUCGCGGGCUCAGGUGUGGACCCCAUGGAGGUC